AUAGUUCAAGCUGCACCACAUGGUGAAUAUUAUUCAUGCCAUUGAACUAUACCCUUAAAAAUAGUUUAAAUGGUACAUUUUAUAUUAUAUAUGUAUUUCCACAUCAAACAACACACACACACACACAAACAAAAAACCCUUUGCUGGAGCAGAGGAGGUUGGAGCUCUGUCAGUGUUCCCAUGGCUUUGCCUUCCCUUUUGUUUUUAAAAGCACAAUCUCUAUUUUUAGGGAUUUUCACACAAAGGCUCCUGUGGGCGUGGGAAGUACUCCCAGCUGCCCUCCUGUUUCUCAGAAGCCCACAAGGAGGCCUAGCAGGUUAUUUCAGGCUUAGGAAAUAUGCCGGAUUGGAAAUAGAGAUAAUUUAAUCUCUGCAUGUUGAUGACUUUUUUUCUUUUUCCUGCAAGCCGGGGUCCUGGACACCUUACCUCAUCCCUAAUCCCUUCAAGGUAAUUCCUUCCCACACCUCAGCAUGCCCGAGGGCACUUUCUUGGCGAAACAAUUCCACUUCCGGCAAGGCUGAGGGUCACCUGGGUCGCGUGGCCGCUGCACACUGGGGUCCCUGGAGCGCAGUCUUAGUCUCUUGCCCCAGUGCUUCUGCUCCCCAGCCGCUCAUGCCUGCGUUCAGCAGUGUUAGAGCAGGUGCAGUGAGUAGGCUCGCGUCCUGUCACCCUAAUCCGAGGGCCGUGCACCUCGGCGGGGUGCGGUGAACGAGCUAUCCAGGCGGUGGCUGGUCAAGUCUGAGAGUUUGCGAACUCUUCCCUUGUCCACUCCCGCACCUCCCGCGCAGUCCCUUCCCACCCCUGUUAAGAUUGCUGUUCCUUUCUCCCGGGAGCUCUCCUGGGCGGCCGACGGUGCGCGGGCACCACCGUUGGGGAGGGGAAGUGUCCGCAGCCCUUCUCUCUCCGCCUGGAUCCGAGAGUCGUGGCCGCGGUGCCCGAGCUCGGGCCGGACGCCUCGUCAGCGGGACAGCUGGGACCCGUGCCGCGCGCACCUGGUCAGCCACGUGGCGGCGGGGCGGGGCCUGGGCGGGGCGGGCCCAGCUCUAGGAGCCGGCGUCCCACAGGGGUCUCCCUACCCAGACCACCAGGACCCCCAUUUCCAGAAGAAUGGCCCAGAUGUCUCAAGUGCAGGAACUCUUCCAUGAGGCAGCCCAGCAGGAGGCCCUGGCCCAGCCCCAACCCUGGUGGAAGAUCCAGCUGUUCGUAUGGGAGCCAGUGCUGUUCGGGACCUGGGACGGUGUGUUCACCUCCUGCAUGAUCAACAUUUUUGGGGUUGUCCUUUUCUUAAGGACCGGCUGGCUGGUGGGAAACACAGGCGUGCUUGCAGGCGUGUUUCUGGUGUCCUUCGUCGCCCUGGUGGCCCUGGUCACCGUGCUGUCCGGCAUCGGGGUUGGGGAGCACUGUGGCGUGGGCAGCGGCGGCGUGUACUCCAUGAUCGCCGCGGUCCUUGGCGGGCAGACGGGAGGCACCAUCGGGCUGCUGUAUGUGUUUGGACAGUGUGUUGCAGGUGCCAUGUACAUCACCGGCUUCGCUGAAUCCGUGUCAGAUCUGCUGAGUCUCAGGAAUAUCUGGGCUGUGCGAGGAAUUUCAGUUGCCGUGCUUCUGGCCUUGCUGGGGAUUAACCUAGCAGGUGUCAAAUGGAUAAUCCGCCUCCAGCUGCUGCUGCUGCUCCUGCUUGCCGUGUCCACCCUGGACUUUGUGGUGGGCUCUUUCACGCACCUGGACCCAGAUCAUGGUUUUAUUGGAUAUUCACCAGAACUGCUACAGAACAACACUCUGCCAGAUUACAGUCCUGGAGAGUCCUUUUUCACCGUCUUCGGGGUGUUCUUCCCUGCAGCUACAGGAGUCAUGGCCGGCUUCAACAUGGGGGGCGACCUCAGGGAGCCUGCUGCCAGCAUCCCCCUGGGCUCCCUAGUAGCCGUUGGCAUCUCGUGGUUUCUGUACAUCGUCUUUGUCUUCCUGCUCGGCGCCAUCUGCACCCGAGAGGCCCUUCGCUAUGACUUCCUGAUUGCGGAAAAGGUGUCCCUAGUGGGUGUCCUGUUCCUUUUGGGCUUGUACAUCUCUUCCCUGGCCUCCUGUAUGGGAGGCCUCUAUGGAGCCCCCCGGAUCCUGCAAUGCAUCGCCCAGGAGAAAGUGAUCCCCGCACUGGCCUGUUUGGGGCAAGGGAAAGGGCCAAAUAAAACGCCUGUAGCUGCCAUCUGCCUGACCAGCUUGGUGACCAUGGCCUUUGUCCUCGUGGGUCAGGUUAACGUCCUGGCCCCCAUCGUCACCAUCAACUUCCUGCUGACAUACAUCACAGUGGACUACUCUUACUUCUCCCUGUCCAUGGGUGCUUGCAGCCUCCCGGAGGGGCCUGAGUCGGUACCCGGGGAGGGCCUGGGUGCUCUCCACUGCUCUGAGCCCCUGCUUCUGGAGAAGGCUCCCAGUUAUGGCUCCGAGGGCAUUGCCCAGAGCCCCGCUGAAGGCACUCUGCUAGAAUUCACCAAGGACAUGGAUCAUCUCCUCCAGCUAACCAGGAAGCUUGAGAGUAGCCAGCCCAGGGGAGGAGAGAGCCAUGGGAUCCUAGAGAAUCAGAAGGGGAAGACCAAGAAGGCCAACAAGCAAACCCUUCAAGAGAGCUUCCUUUUGGACCUCAGGUCCCCUGCUUCCUUCCUUCCUGGGGACGCUGAUGGAUGGCCUACUGCCUCCUGGGAGGGGCAGGGGCCCUACAGGAAUGCUCAGAGUCCCAGAAGUGAAGGGGAUCAGCCUAGGGGAGCCUAUGGAGCAAAACUCGUCCCUGAGCCAAGUAACCAGCCCAGGCCAAGCAGAGAAGAUUUCUUCCUUAAGUCCAGACUACAGGAACAUGAUUUCCAGAGGAGACCAACUUCUUUCUACACUCGCAUAUGCAAUCCCUGGGUCUCCCUGUUGGGGGCUAUUGGGUCCCUUCUCAUCAUGUUUGUGAUCCAGUGGGUCUAUACCCUGGUUAACAUAGGUGUUGCUGCCAUUGUAUAUUUCUACAUUGGUCGGACAAGUCCCGGACUUCACCUUGGUUUAGCCUCCAACUUCAGCCUUUUAAGAUGGAUGAGAUCCCUUCUGAUCCCCUCCUACAGGAGCUUGCGAUCCCCCCAAGAGCAGAUAAUUUUGGCACCGUCCCUGACUAGGGUUGACAUGGAGAUGACUCAGCUCACCCAGGAGAACACAGACUUCGCCACCCGGGAUCGCUACCACCACUCCUCCCUCGUGAGCCGGGAAGAGCUGAUGCCUCAGUACUAGGCACCAAGUCCUCAAGUACUAGGCAGCCCAGAACCCUCCCCUUCUGGAGAUGUCCAGGGUGCAGUGGACCCAAUUUCCAGAACCUCCGUGGAGCUGGUUCUCCUCUGUAAGAAACUCAAAGACCUGUCCUCCCCCUGCUGUCUUGCACAAUGGAAAUGAGCAUUCUGGUCUGGAGCACCACGUCUAAUCAGGUACCCACUGCAGUGGCCCCUGCAACAUGCGCCCAGUCUGAAGAGCGCCACAUGGACACCAAGACUUGCAGGUGUGGAGAACCAGGCCAGAUUGCUUGUUCUCAGGGCCACAAUAAAUGAUUAUUUUAAGCUUUAUUAUUUAUUCCUUGAAUAAAUAAUAUGUUUACAUGGUUCCAAACCCCAAAGUGAAAUCAUAUAUACCGUGAAAAGUCUCCCUCCCAUUCUUGUUUCUCAUCUGCUCAGUUCCCAUCUCCUGCAUCAGAGAUAACUACUGUUCUCAGGUACACUCACUACCUGCAUUUCGUUACGAAUAGACAACAAAUAGGAGUGUGGAGUUUUAUUGCUCCCUUUUCGCCCACAAAAGGUAGCAUAUUAUACAUGUGCUCUGCACCUUGCCUUUCCCCUUAACAAUCUAUCUUGGAGACAUUUCCAUAUCAAUACAUACACAGUUUCCUCAUUAUUUUUCAUUGUAUAAAUGUGCUAUAAUUUAUUUCAUCAGUUCUACAGUGAUGGCAUUUGGAUUGUUUCCAGUCUUUUGCUAUUACAGUCAGUUCUGCAGGGAAUGAUCGUGUUCAUAUGUAUAAGCAUAAUGAAUAUCUGUAGGAUAAACUCCCAAAAGUGGAAUUGCAAGAUCAAAGGGGACUUGCAUUUGUAAGCUAUUAUUGUUUAGUGAAGGUCUUUUUAAUUAAAAAGUUAA